GAUGCUCAGUUUGAUAGUUGAAUCGUAGCAAUGAGCAUCCUUUUCCUCGCGGGUGCAAGUAUCGCAAGAUAAAAAGAGUAUCUUUUAUUUUUUCGCCCUACUACUGGAUAUAAUGGUGUUUGUAAAGUGCUAGAUAAAAAUGUAGAAAAAAAAGAUAAAUUGUAGAGGUGCGGUGACACAAACUUAACUAGGUACUAUGUACAUGAGGUUGUUUCAUGGAUUUUAAAGUGUCAUUUCGGCUUUUCUAAAAUGGUCCCCUGAUAUGAAAACAAAGUGUUUCGAUAAAUAACAUUGUGCAACAUGUACGUGUGAUAAUGGACCAUUUGAUAUUCAUAGUGGCACCUUCUACAGCAAAAGUGAUCAAUGAAAGCCUUUGAUGGCGUGUGAAGUAUCCAUUAAAGUAUCAAUAAAUAGUCAUCACUGAUAAUAGCUUUAGCGAACUUGGUGUGGUAUGGAGGUAACGCAUUCUGGAGUGAUAAAAGUAAACAGACCAUCAUUGAGUUCGAGUCACCGAAAAGGGGGAUGGUUUGCGUCAUCAAAAGUUUUUCGGUUUGCAAAGGCAUCGAGCUGAGAAGGUGCAGUUCUCUAGGGAUCACAGCACCAAUAUUUAUUCAAACGCGGAAAAUGGAGCAGAGUGUUUGCGAAACCCACAGAUAAUGUGGCCAUAGAAAGACUUCACCAAAUUGAAUGUAAUUGCUUUUGUCAAUAAGGAAGCGAUAUCCAGGUAUCGUUGCCGAUCCAACCCUUUAGGUGUUUUUACAAGCACGUGUAAAUUCAUACUACAAUUGCACAAGUGCAAAUAAAAGCAUUCAAUGUGUCUUUUACAAUGAUUGACGAGCUCGAAUGAGUUAUUUUCACUUCGUACAACGAUCAUCAUUUGCAGCUUAAUGACAAUGGAUUCGAAAUAAUUCAUCAAGAAUUAAUACUUGCAACCCAGGUGAAACACUAUAGUGACAAAUUUACCCCAGAAAAGUUUUUCACACUUCCAAAUUCUCCAGUUUAGUCUCACUCUUACCACACCAUCAAACUAAUAGUGAAGAAAAAGACUGAAAAGUACAAAUAUUUAUACAAUAAAAUCAAAAGUGUUAUCUGACAUGAACCUGUGAUGAAUGGAAACUUGGUUGGGUGUUAAGUGCAUUAGUUUAGAACUCAAAUGGAUAUCAUAACCCGGUUCGCAAGCAGCUUCGCUGGCCUUUGGAGAAAUCGCAGGCGGCCGCAAAAUGAGGAUGCUUUCAACAACCGCAUCCAAAGUAAUCACGAUCCGGAAAUUACUGCCCAGCAGGUAAAAAAAUAUCUACAGGCCAAUCCUGAUUUUCUGGACGGUUUCGUCAUGGACGAAAUUCAACUGGAGCAGCUCGAACGAUGGAUGAUUCGAAAAACCCAAAGGACCCGAAAGGUAACCCAAACGGAAAAGAAUGGCCGAAAGACUAGCCUAAGCCGUUGGAAAUUUUGCGUGCACGCCGACAAACGUCAAAUGCUGCAGGACUUAAUCCAUUCGCUCCAACUUCGGCCAACGAAGAUGCACGUGCUCUGGGAACUGGCCAACUGCAUUUGCUCGGCCGUCAACGCGGACGGAUUCCGGCUGUAUUUGACUGACGCAACCGAAGCAGAAUCUCUUCAUCUGUGCCUGAGUAACAGUUUUAUCGACGAAAAUGGUGACCCCAAGCCACUCCAGAUCAAAUCGGAUGCAAUCUUACCAAACUACGUCGCCAAGGUUAGAGAGAAUUUACGUCUAUCCAGAGGGGACGUAGAUCAUCGAUUUCCGCGCGAUCUGCUGGAUAGGAGUGAAAUGGCUCAUGUUAUGUGCCAGCCUAUUGUUUAUCCCGAUGGAUCAUUGGUAGCGGUAUUGGAGCUCUGGCGUCGUGAUUGUGGAGCACCAUUCUACGAAGAGGACGAAGAGAUCGGCUGUAGCUAUCUGGUGUGGGGAGGUAUAGCCAUACAUUACGCUCAUCUGAAUUUGGUUGGCCUGAAACAGCGCAAGUUGAACGACUUUCUGUUGGCAGUCGUGAAGUCAAUUUUCCAGGACAUGGUCAGCAUGGAAAUGCUUGUUUCUAAAAUAAUGAAUUUUGCCCAACGACUGGUCGAUGCGGAUCGAGCCUCGUUAUUCCUGGUAGACUCUAAAAGCAAAGAACUUUACGCAACCAUCUUCGACGUAGGUUGUGACAGUAAAGCGACCAAAACUGAGAAUGAAACGGAUCCGAGCAAGGCACCAAAUGAGAUCCGUUUCCCGUUAGGAACCGGCAUCGCAGGGCAAGUUGCCUUGACCGGAGAGGUUUUAAACAUAGUUGAUGCAUAUGCUGAUACGCGAUUUAAUCGCUCGAUAGAUCAGCUAACUGGGUACAAAACAGAGUCAAUUCUUUGCAUGCCAAUUUUCAUUCGGGGAAGCGUCAUUGGAGUAGUUCAAAUGGUCAAUAAACGUACGGGUUGUUUCAACAAAGAAGACGAGGAAGCGUUUGAAAUGUUUGCAGUUUACUGUGGAUUAGCCUUGCACCACGCAAAACUGUACGAUAAAAUACGAAGGUCCGAACAAAAAUACCGUGUGGCACUUGAAGUGUUAAGCUACCAUAACACGUGCACAGACGCUGAAGUGGAACAAUGUCUGGAAGUCGGAAUUCCACAGAAAAUACCUGGCGUAGACAGCUACGAUUUCAGCCCAUUUGAUAUCGACGAUCAUCAAAAGGCUCUUUACAGCGUGUUUAUGUUUAAGGAUUUGUUUGGGCUGGGACGAUUUGACCAGAACAGCAUAAUACGAUUUACACUGACGGUUAAAAAGAAUUACAGAAGGGUGCCCUACCACAACUGGACUCAUGGUUUUUCAGUGGCAAACACAAUGUACAGCAUAAUUAAGAAUUGUGGCGCCGUUUUUCGCCCAAAUGAGUGUCUAGCGCUCUUCAUUGGAUCACUUUGUCAUGACCUGGACCACCGCGGGAAGAACAAUAAAUUCAUGCUAGAUACCGAAGCUCCCUUGGCCGCCAUUUACUCGACAUCAACAAUGGAACAUCAUCAUUUCAAUCAAACGGUCACUAUCCUGCAGCAGGAAGGACACAACAUAUUUGCGAAGCUAAAUAGUAGUGAAUAUAAGCAAGUACUAAGCCUGAUCAAGCAUUGCAUCCUAGCAACUGACCUCGCCUUAUUCUUCCCAAACAAAGCGAAGUUGACUAACUUAGUUGAUGAGGAGAAAUUCUCCUGGACAAUAUCGGAACAUCGAAUGCUGAUUCAAGCGAUCGCCAUGACCGGCGCUGAUCUGUCUGCUUCGGCGAAGCCAUGGGAAGUGCAAACAGAAACAGUUAAGGUGAUAUUUGCUGAAUUCUAUGACCAAGGAGACGAGGAAAAGAAAGCGGGCCGAAAGCCCAUUCCGAUGAUGGAUCGUGAUCAACCGGAUCAGCAAGCGGCAUCACAGCUGGGUUUCCUCACCGGAAUUUGUGUUCCAUGUUAUACACUGCUACAUCGUUUAAUCCCUGAAACCAAACCGAUGCUCAACAUGUGCAACGAGAAUUUGAAAACAUGGCAGAAAAUUGCGAACGAAAAUGCAAAAUAGGGAUAGGAAUUAAGCACAAAUCAGGGCACCAAAUCCUCUCAAUGUAAUACAUAAUCUAAUUGUCACCAUUUGUUUUGUGAAUGUUGUGUACUUUGUUCGGGAACUUAAAAAAGAACAUAAAGUUUGUUUGUCCCAUCUCUCUACUUCUACGCACAAUUGUCCCACCCACUAUUCCACGAAAUCAUUUUUGUUUACGGAACAUAUUAUCUUGUGUUAUUUGUUGUUUAGGCAAGGGUUUUGAAAAAGUUAUAAAUUGCUAACUGGGGCGAAAAGGGACAUUUAGAUGAAUGUGGAAGGCUGGGACAUUUAUGCGUAGAAACAUAGCAAAAAGUUGUAGAAACUUCAAACGUGUUUUUCUACGUUGCAAUUACGUUGAAAAUUCUGAGACAACAGGUUAGAAGGUAGCUGGGAAGGCUAGCUUUUGUUUAAUAUUUUGAAUGUGUGAAAAAGUCCCGCCUGUGUGGAUCAAUCGGACCGCGCACUGGACUCACAAUCCAGAGGUCGCUGGUUCGAAUCCCGCGGCGGGCGCUCUUAAAUUCUUUGUGUAAAUAUGGGUAUUCGGCGCCGUCGCUCCGUGCCAUACUUUCAUACACUUAGGAGCCCAGGGCGGCGAAGUCCUUGUAGAUAAAAAGGAAGACACUAGUGGUUGGUACUAGCAAUGGUGGCCGACAGCUAUUAAGUCAACUUCGUUUCGAAAAAGUUACCUAUUAUCUAGGAAUUUUCAAAAUAGUUCCAGCUGUCAACAUGCUUAUGCACCCUUUUCUUUAUUUUUUUUUUAUUGGCGUAAACCUUUGGGCUCACCCGGAUUUCGAUAGGUUUUUGCCUCAGGAACAAUGUUUUCAUGCAACGAAAAAUUCUCAAAAAUGGUUUAGAACUCGCGAUUCGCGAUUUACUGAAAAAUAAUCUGUUUUCAUAAAAAAUAUCACUUUUGUUCUAAACCAUUGAAAAAUGCGUUCCCCGUAUUUCACUUUAAAUCAAAGUUAGGUGUCCUAACAAUAAUGUUCUGUAUUCGUAUUGACAAAGCAAGUCGUCAUUUUUCAUUAGCAGCAUGUAAUAGUUGAAAAGUGUUUUUUUUUGCCUGAAAUUUUUACGAAUUUCUCUCAAUAAUCCAUCUAAAACAAAUUUGGCAUCAAAACCAAUACCAUCGUCUUGUAGGUAACAAUUUUGCUUUAUAUCAAUUAGUUUUUGUCACUUCAGUGCCAAGAUACAGCCAUUUUAGUAAAAUAAAAAUGGCGAAUUUUCAAAAUUCCAUAUAAACUUGGAAACUAUGUUUCCAAACCAUGUGCAUUGUUUUAUCACAUCAAUUUACAAGCAAAAUAUUGCGCGUAUUCCCGAAAAAGACACGCGGCAUACCAGCCUCGAAACGACGCGCCGCACUUUCGGCAAAUGCGCGCUGUCAAAUCCCGUACUGUGCGUUUUGUUUUUGUUGAUCUUCUUCUUCGAAUUGCAUGGCAUUGUUGCCGGGAAAGUUUUUUUUUGCACCAAAAGUGCAGAAAAUCGCUGGCAACAGUGUCUGCGGCACAUUCUGAAAUGCCGCGCGGCGUGUACCUUCGAGAGAAACGGACAAUAUUAAAUAAUAAGUUUUCAUUGAUUUGACUAUGUGACGUAAGCGCCAUUACGUAAUUUAAAUUAUCAGCCAUUAGUACAAAAAAAUUAAAAACUUUUUUAAGAUUUUGAUGAAAAUUACUUUCUAAUUAAAUCAAGUUACUCAAAUUAAUGAAUAUGUAAAUAUUUUUAAAUAAAAAAUAAAUUUUCGUCAAAAUCAUGAAUCUUUUUUUUUGUACUAAAGGCUGAUCAUUUAAAUUACGUAAUGGCGCUUACGUCACAAAGUCAAAUCAAUGAAAACUUUUUUUUAUAUAUUUUGCUUGUAAAUUGAUGUUAUAAAACAAUGCACAAGGUUUGGAAACAUAUAAAAUGCUGACAGUAGCCGAAACAGUGGUGUAAGUAAAAAAAUAGUUUUCAUAGGGAAUUUUGAAAUUUUUAUUUUGCUGAAAUGGCUGUAAAUUGAUUAGAAAAUUGUUACCUACGAGAUGAUAGUAUUAGUUUUGAUUUGAUGCCAUUUUUUUAAGAUGGAUUUUUGAGAAAUAAUCGUAAAAAUUUCAGGCAAAAAUAAACACUUUUCAAACUUUUACAUGCUGCCAAUAGAAUAAUUUACGUGCGUAUGUAUUGCGUGUACGUACACGAAAAUAAAGUGAGGUUAAAUUUUGUCAGGCAGCAAAACCAAAUGGUGCGCUAGUGUGCGUACGCGAAACGUCAUAAAGCUCUUUGAAAAAUGACGACUUCCUGGGUCAAUAGAGUUAUCUAAGCCCGAGCUCACGCACACUAGCACACCAUUUGUUUUGCUGGCCGGCACAAAAUUUAACCUCAAUCUUUUUCGUGUACGUACACGCAAUACAUGCGCACGUAGAUAACUCUAUACGAAUACAGAACAUUAUUGGUAGGACUCCUAACUAUGAUUUAAAGUGAAAUACGGGGCAAUUUGAACGGAUUUUUCAAGGUUUUAGGACAAAAUGCAAUAUUUUUUAUGAAAACAGACCAUUUUUCAGUAAAUCGCAAAUCGCGAGUUCUAAACGAUUUUUGGGAAUUUUUCGUUGUAUGAAAACAUUGUUCCUGAGGCAAAAACCUAUCGAAAUCCGGGUGAGCCCGAAGGUUUCCGCCACAUCGCCUUUUUUGGGACACACAAAUGGGCAUGUGUAUGCGCAGAACGGCAGCAUAUAGUUUCAGACUUUAUCAAAAUUUAUAAAGGCAUCUUUUGAUAUUACGCGUCAUCUUUAUUUCAUCAAG